UCUGUUUUUUUAAUGUUUAAAAUAAUUUGCAGGAGACAUGCUGAGUAAUGUGGAAUUCACACCAAGGUGUUAGAAGCGUUGCGGAUGUACGAUAACUUAAUGAAGGAGACACCGAUGCCAUAUGCUUACACACAGUCAAAGUCAGGAUAUAACCCUGCUUCAAGCAUGACGAUGCCCCCCUGGAUCUGUGCCACAGCAAUUCAAUGGCACCCAAUACAUGCCAUCAGCAGCCAUGAGUCAAAUGCCACAAAUGACCCAAGGUCAAGGUCCAAUGGUACUAGGUCAAAUUGGACCGAUAGCACAGAUGCGACAAAUGUCUCAAGAUCAGGUCAGAUGAUUCCAGGUCAAGGUCAACCUCAGACAUACACAACAGCCUCUAGUCAAAACUAUAAUAAUAGUGCACACAAUUUACCAGGUCAGGAGCCUGUUAUAAUGCAGUUAAAUCACAACCCCAACAACCACACCCACAGCAAAAUGUAGUUCCACCGCAACAGAGUAUUCCUACUCAUAAUGUGAACGUAGUUCCGUCACAUUCACAAUAUGGAUAAGCAAUGGGACCAAUGAAUUCUGGUAAAUAUAUGGUACCCAGUUCAAGUGACUUUGUACCAACAGCCUAUAUGCCAACAGCAAUUAUUGUGAACAUAUAUGAACAGAUUCUUGGAAAAAUAAGUGAUUUUUAAAUGAGCCGCGUCAUGA